AGUACACACACUAGAAUCGACUGCAAACUGAUGCUCACAGGAGAAGGACACGUUACUUUACUUGGAACUAGUUUCCAACAUGUCUGUGAUAACAAUACGUCGACUGAUAUGUCUAACGAAAUCCAUGGUAGUGUUUAUUUUAUCUAUGGACGUCUAUCUUGAAGGUGUAGAUGGAUCACCUGCAGAAGUACAACAGCACCUGGAAAUGGGGAAGAAACUUCUGGCGGCAGGUCAGCUAGCUGAUGCACUGUCACAUUACCACGCUGCAGUUGACGGAGAUCCCAAUAACUAUAUGACUUAUUUCCGUCGUGCAACAGUGUUUCUAGCUCUGGGGAAAUCCAAGUCUGCCCUUCCAGACCUUGAUCAAGUGAUACAACUAAAACCGGACUUCACUGCUGCCAGAUCUCAGCGGGGGAAUGUAUUAAUGAAGCAAGGAAACCUAGAUAAAGCCAAAGAGGACUUUGCUGUUGUGUUAUCCAAAGAUCCAACCAAUGAAGAGGCAAAUUCAAACAUACAUAAAAUACACCCCCUCCAGAGUAGUAUACAAGAUGCAAAACAUUUUUACCAAAUGAGGGAGUUUCAGGCUUCUAUAGACCUAUUGACCCAGGCAAUAGAGGUGUGUCCCUGGGAUGUGGAGCUGCGAGAGAUCAGGGCAGAAUGCUACAUGGCCCAGGGGGAUUACUUUAAGGCUGUCGGUGACAUUCGUUCUACAACCAAGCUCCGAAGUGACAACACACCAGCUUUUCUAAAACUCAGCCUCCUCUACUAUGACAUGGGGGAUGCAGAGAAUUCUCUUAUAAAUAUACGAGAAUGUUUAAAACUUGACCCCGAUCACAAAGAGUGCUAUCCACAUUAUAAGAAAGUGAAGAAGCUGGUCAAACAGCUACAGUCAAUCCAGGACAUGAGAAAUGAGAAACAGUACGAGGAUUGUAUAGCCAAAGCUCAUCAAAUACUUAAGACAGAGCCGACAGUUACGCUGUAUAUAAUGAAGGCCAAGUCUUUCUUAUGUCACUGCCACUCACGGACGGGAAACAUCAAUGAUGCCUUUGAUAUCUGUAACGAGAUUCUGAACUUGGAACCAGAAAACAUAGAAGCUGUUAUGGACCGGGCUGAAACCUAUUUACUUAAUGAACAGUUUGAUCAAGCUGUCAGCGACUACCAAUUUGCUGUAAAUAUAGAUGGUGAUAAUCGACAGGCCAGAGAAGGAUUAGAAAAAGCUCAAAAAUUACUUAAACAGUCACAAAAAAGAGAUUAUUACAGAAUUUUAGGUAUAAAAAGAACUGCAAGAAAAAAAGAAAUUAUGAAAGCUUAUAAAAAAAUGGCUAAGAAAUGGCAUCCUGACAGAUAUAAAGGAGAAGAUAAGGCAAAGGCAGAGAAAAUGUUUGUGGAUAUAGCAGCAGCUAAAGAGGUCCUCACCAAUCCAGAAAAAAGGCAGCAAUUUGAUAAUGGUGAGGAUCCACUUGACCCUGAACAGCAACAACAUGGUGGCGGCCAUCACUGGCACCAGGGAGGCUUCAAUCCUUUUGGGUCAGGAGGCGGCGGCGGCUUCAACUUCAAAUUCCACUUCAAUUGAUGCCGGUACUUUAUUACUAGUAGAAAUUAUUUUCUUAAAAUCCACAUUGAAUAGGUUUUUAUACUGUUAUUGAUGCUUAUAUGGGAAAGAAUAUUUUCCAAUUUUUUCAUUCCAGUGCAAAAUUUUCUGGAUUUUUUCUGUCAAUGAUUGCCUUAUACCAUCAACAUGAAGAGAAAAUUGUGUGUCAGAGAUUUUACAUCAAUUACAGGUUAUAGCUCCUCAGGUUUGAUGUACAGAACUCUCUAAUGUUUUGUGGGUUUUCUUGUUUGGUCUUUUUGAAAUGGUUAUAUCAGUUAAGAUUUUCUUCAUGUUCCGUAAUUUUUUUUUUUUUAAGUGAAACUAAAAGAGUUGAUGAUUUAUUGGAAUCCAGUACAGUAAAACCUGUCUAAACCGAACCUUGUAUAAUUUGAUUACCUGCACAAGCAGGCCAUCUGUUUGGUUCAACUGAAUUUGUUUCUGAUAAAACACUUUGGGAAAUUUAGGGUUUUGUGUCAAGUUAUUUUAGUAAAAAUGACAGGGAGUACAUGUAUAUGAUACUGUAUAAAUGUUAAAUUUCAUGAGGCUGAUAUUUCACGAUUAUUCCAGUCAGACCUAGCUCAGGGGCAUUAAAUUUUCUGCUAAAACGUGUUGUAAAUGUUCUGCAGGAAGCAACUCCAUACACUUGUUAUAUUCAGAUAUUCACUGGUUAUUUAUUUCCGCACGACAUUUAAUGACUUCGAAUAUAACGAAAUUAAAUCCCCCGCGAAUAUUACUAAAUGCACAAUAAUUACUUAUAAAUACUUUCAUUGUUCAUCUUUGCAUGAGUGAAUCAGUUUGUCUGUACGUGUAAAGAUUGAAGAUGUAUCAUGAACCCCUGGACAAAUUUUAGCCCAUAAACACACCAUAACAUCUCAACAUCCAAUUCUACACCCUAUUUCAGUGAUUAUCAGUCAGUGUCUUUCUUGUGUUUGUUUUGGACAGGUUUUACUGUAUGUACUUUUGAACUAUUGAGAUAUAAAAAAAUUGUAAACAAGCAACAUUUCUGAUAGAAUAAUCUCUGACCCUACACGUUUUAGCAUUGACUCCAUGUGAUAGUUAUUUUUGUGUUUAUAUUUCCCUAAACAAAACCAGUUUUUGUACCAAAGUUUUUGCUGAAUUUUCUACAUCGUCCUGGUUUUGUUUCUGUGUUUUCCUUUUUCCUUCGGUGUGCUGAUUUAUGGCAGGACCAGGAAUUUAUAAUCUGUUGAAUCAAAUACAUUAAAAUGAAAUGAAAUUUCAAUAAGAGAUUUGUUUUGAUCCUAACAUGGGUCAGGAUACAAAUAUUUUACAUAUUUAAGAUUUGAAACAGAAACCAUGUCCAACACUAUCUACCAGUCUGUGUUACAGAAAAUAUAGGAUAUCUGUAAUAAAUUAUUGUUUAAGAGUGAAUGAAAUGGGUUAUUGAUUAUAAAUGGAGUGUUUUGAAUGCUAUGGAGUUUUAUGUUGGUGCAUGUGUAUAUUUUGAUGAAUUUUGAGUGGAAGGAAGUCAGUUAAAAUGUAUCUGAUGUAUUUUCCUAUGAUGAACAUUCAUCUUCAUUCUAUAAUAUAUUGAAAUCAUCAUAAAUGUGAUAACAUAUUCAGGAAUAAAAGAUUCUUUUUUACCAGUUUGAAACAAAUGUCUUCAAUCAGUCAGUUUAGCCUUUUUCCGUUCUUUACACUUGAUAACUUUUAUCUCUUAGCAAGCAUACGAUUACCUAUAGAAAUAUGUACCGGUUUAUAUUUGGAUAACAUAAUUUUGUUGUUAUAACAAAGCUAAUAAAAAAAUGUCCAUCUGCUGGUUAUAAGUCUGCUCCUUGUAUUAAAAUGAUCAGACGGCAGAUGCCUUAUAUGGGAAUUGAAGCCUCUUUCAAGUGAUGCAUAGUGUGCACAAAUCCGACUUUAAACGCUCAAUCUGACGUCUUGAAGUUUUCUGUUAAUUGUGACCUAUGUAGUUGAGUGUGCCAUAUACCGUAUAUAUCCCUCAAUAAGCCCACCUAUGUCUAUCAAAGGGACAUUCCUUCAUUUGGAUAAAGUUUAGGUCGUCAAAAUUAAACUUCCUGAAAAAAAAAGUAUUUUUUCCAAGAAGUAAAAGUUAUAAUCUUUACAUUAUUAUGUCAGUUUUACUCUCAAGAUAAACCGAAGUUCUUCGAGUAUCAAGUCCUGAAAAUUCUUAAUUCGACCUAAUGUAUCACUAAUUACCACAAAGAAAUACUGUAUUUGUAUAAGAUAUGCCUUUUUCUUGAACAUUUCGGCGUUAAUUUCAUUACUUAUAGGCACAAACACUCGUAUAAUCAUUGUUCUGAUAUAGAUUUCAUCAACAGAAAUUGUGAAUGUUUCUGAUGUCCGAACGAAGGAAUGCCCCUUAAAGAUUCAGUGAAAAAGCAAGCAGAUGCUCUUUCACUGUCCUACAAUAAAAUAGCCCUCUGAGUCAAAAUUGAUGUGUGGCCCUCUAGGCUUGUUGAAGGAUAAAUAUGGCAUUUUUUGUCAUGUGUAAUUUCAAUCAUAUCUAAAAGUUAUGGGAAAAUAUCUUACAAAAUUCAAUAUAUAUCAUAAAUUUUUAUCAAAUUAAAUUCCAACAACUGGUAGAUUUAAGCAUUAUAUGUUGUAAGAUGUCAAUUUUGAUGAUAUUAGAUUUUCAUUUUUUUUUCGUCUGAGGUCACAACAUCAAACUGGAAAUUAGUUUGGUACUUAUGUAAUCACCAUUUACUCAACAAUGAAUAUUGAAGUUCUAUUGUAUGUAUGUUUAGUAGUCUGUUAAAAUGAAAUCCAUGUUUUUAGUGCUGUUGAUUUUUGUAUAAAAUCCAUUAAACUACUGAGAAUACUCUCAAACACAAGUAAUGUUUAGGAUCCAGGUAUCCCUUUACGUCUCCUCUGGUAGUACAGGACAAAUUGUCCACAAUGAAUUCAAACUUUAAUUGCUGUCAUUAUUAAGUCGAUGCAUGUAAUUGAGAUUUAAUACUUUGAAACUUAUUUAAGUUAACUGAAAUAAUGUAAAAAGUGAGCUGAAUUAACAUCAUCCAUAUAUAUGUAUAAAAGCAGCUUUUGCUGCCGUGAAGAAAAUGCUAUUGUAUGGGAGAUCUGAUUUCAAUAUUGUAUUUGACGCUGUUGGAUAUAAAUUGUAUUGCCAUAUCUAUUCAGCAACCCAUGUCUUGCAAUAAGCCCACCCACUACUUUGGGUCAAGAGUUCAUCUGUUGCCACCCAGGUCAGAGACAUGACAGGAAUUUACAACCCACAUAAUACGUUUGAUUUUCCUCAACCAUACGCAUUAGGUAUAUCUUGAACUAUUGCAUGGCUAAAAUGACUAUUGCAUGGUCACAUGCGAACUAUUGAACACCUGUGACGCUUUGGAAUUUGGUAAUGUGCGAACUAUUGAACACCUGUGACGUUUUUGAAUUUACUUCUACCCUUUCAAGCGUCUAAGUUAGUCAGAUGUCAACACUGCCAGACAACAGUCAUGGCGACUUCUAGGCCUACAGGAAAGUCAAGGUUUCAGUGAUUCUAACCGUGUUUUAGUGAUUAUGUAAUAAAACAGGCCUCGUGCAAUAGAACAGCUGUUGAUUAUACAUAUAUAUUUAGAUACCUAUGGCCGAUUACAGGAUAGAUAUGAUAUUGUACUAUGCUUGAUGGAAAUUUUGUAUCUGAGGUCAUGGCUUAGUAUAUACAGCUCAAAUUUUUAAUUGGCCAAACAUUUAUUGCUUGUUACUUCAAAUAAGCCCCACUUUUAAAGUUUAAUGGAUUUCUUUAAUGUCUGUUUUGUCAUCCAUGUGUUGAUCUCAAUUCGCAAGUUAUCAUAUUCAUCCUGUAAACUAAUUUAAAUCAUGUCAAAUUAUCAAAAUAACUUAAAUACCACACAACGUUGAGGUCACAUGCAGAAGAUCUUUACUUGAGCCAAUCAGUGAUGAGCAUCCAGGAUAGGCAGGAGACGUGUUUGUUUGUUUCCUGGGUUUAUUGCCCUGUUAACAGCUAGGAUCAUUUUUAGGCUGGGUCUCCUUGUAGUAGUUGGUGACUACCUCAAGGGGUCGAACAUGGGACUGCGGUGGCCGACUGGUUAAGGUGUCUCGACACUUUAUCACUAGCCCUCUACCUCUGGGUUGCGAGUUCGAAACCUACGUGGGGCAGUUAGCAGGUACUGACCGUAGGUCGGUGGUUUUUCUGCGGGUACACUGGCUUUUCUUCACCUCCAAAACCUGGCACAUCCUUAAAUGACCCUGGCUGUUAAUAGGACGUUAAACAAAACAAAUCGAACCAUGCAGCUCAGAUCUUCACCUGAGGUAGGCCGAUGCUCUAAUUGUCCGAGUUGUCAUGGCUCCUGAUGGUGUUUUAUUUUUGUCAAUACAAAGAAAUUAAAGGUGUUUCAAUAAGUGCUGAUUUCAAAUAUGAUUACUUUGCUUAUUCAUGUUUUUCUGUGGUACGUGAAGUACUGUUACUUAAUUGUUAGUCAGGGAUAAGUGUGAAAAGAUGCUAAAUUUUUCUGUUUGUGAUGUUUAAAUGUCUUUAGAUAGCCAUGAGACAUUGCAGGGAAAGAAAGUUUAUUGUGAACAUAGCCCUGAAAUGCAACAGUUGGCCCGGACUAUAUCUCUGGCCCGGACUGUAUCUCUGGCCCAGACUGUAUCUCUGGCCCGGACUAUAUCUCUGGCCCGGACUAUAUCUCUGGCCCGGACUUUAUCUCUGGCCCAGACUGUAUCUCUGGCCCAGGCUAUAUCUCUGGCCCAGGCUAUAUCUCUGGCCCAGACUUAUAUCUCUGGCCCGGACUAUAUCUCUGGCCCGGACUAUAUCUCUGGCCCGGACUAUAUCUCUGGCCCGGACUUUAUCUCUGGCCCAGACUGUAUCUCUGGCCCAGGCUAUAUCUCUGACCCGGACUUUAUCUCUGGCCCGGACUUUAUCUCUGGCCCAGACUGUAUCUCUGGCCCAGACUGUAUCUCUGGCCCAGGCUAUAUCUCUGGCCCGGACUAUAUCUCUGGCCCGGACUAUAUCUCUGGCCCGGACUUUAUCUCUGGCCUAGACUGUAUCUCUGGCCCAGGCUAUAUCUCUGACCCGGACUAUAUCUCUGGCUCAGACUAUAUCUCUGGCCCAGACUAUAUAUCUGGCCCAGGCUAUAUCUCUGACCCGGACUAUAUCUCUGGCCCAGACUAUAUCUCUGGCCCAGACUAUAUCUCUGACCCGGACUAUAUCUCUGGCCCAGACUAUAUCUCUGACCCGGACUAUAUCUCUGGCCCGGACUAUAUCUCUGGCCCAGACUAUAUCUACGACUCGGGCGCUGGAAUGGAUUAUAGGACAAAUUAUGUUAGAAUUUUCUUCUGGGCUUAUUACCAAACAUGGGCUUGUUGCUGGGUAAAUACAGUAUCAUGUUUUACUUGUGAUAAAUACAAGGUUACAGGAAACAAGAUAAUACAUGUAAAUACAUGUAGUUGCAUCCCCAGUCUGACAGUUUUUCACAAGGUUUAUUUUAUUGUGUAUGUGUUUAAGUAACCAGUGUUUCCUCUGGGCACACCUGGACAUUCUGACAGUCUAAUUCUUCUUGUAAGAGGUAAAUCUAAAAGGUUGGAGGGAUCAUUGUCUCUAGUGUAGGGGCCAGAGGAAACUCAGGCUAGUGUACAAACAGCAAGCAUUACUUCUGUAGAACUAUUUCUACGACAAAAACACAUCGCUUUGAAUUUAAGAUUAUUAAUGAUUUCUUAAAGAGUUCCCAUAUAUUGUAGACUGACAAGAAAAUAUGUUCUGGUGUAGGCAGUUACCAUUAAUGACCUUUCCAGAUAGUUUAGAUUAAUAUUGGGUUGUAUCAUGGAUUUUUUCCAGAGAAUUUCAUUCUAUAUCAAAAACAAAAGAGAUAUUUAUUAGUUAUCUCCCUUUGGUAAAAAGAACACAAUACAGCGAUCUUAUUAUUUAUUAUGUAAUUAGACAGCUUGAGUACAGGAAUGUCAUAAGUUUUAUAAUACUGCAUGUAGUAAAACAAAAUGAAUAAUUAUUGUUGUAUAGUAAAAGACACAUAUGAUUUCUGAACAAUGUCAAGUUAGAUGAAAUACAAUGUAUUUUAUUUUUAUGAAAACACAAUAUUUAAGGUCUAAGGGAAAUCAUAUUUCUUCUGUUAAAAACAUUGUUACUUAUGAAAUAUAAGUAUAGUAACAAAAGCUGUCUGGAUAAGAUAAAUGAAUUCAUCUUGUAAUGUUUGACAUUUUUCAAAUGAACAUUCAGGACUAAUUCAGUUAUAAUCUGAAUAACAACUGAUGGGUAAUAAGCAUAAAGGACUAAUUCAGUUUGAAGUUAAACUUUUUGUAUUGGUCUCAAAACACAAUAUUUUGUUGAAAUGUAAGAUUUGAAAAUGAUGGAGUGUUUUAUGAUAUUAUAUAGUCAUGAAUGUUUAAGUUUGAAUAGCAUUGUUUCAUGUGGUUUCUAAGUCAGAUGUAUGUGUGUUCUUGUCAAGCGUUUAUCUAAAAUAAAUAUAAAAAACUAAAUAUUAAAGCAAAUAUUUUAAAAUUGUUCAGUAAGUAUUAUAUUAAUUAUCAUAAUCAUGAAAUGAAACUUAAUUUGUUUUCCAAAAUGAUUUGUUAGACUGUGAUAUCACAAAUAUUUGUUAAUAUUUUUGGAAAAAAUGAACUUUUUUGAAAUAGUAAAAAAAUAAUUUGAAAUUCAAAAUUCAAUUGCCAUAGCAACUAUUCUUGAGCUUGGAGUAAAUGAAGAGAUGAGUGCUGAUUGGACAAACCAAGUUGUUUCCAUGGGAAAAGUUCCAUCUAUGCAGAGCGUUUGAGAAGUGACUGUGUGUGUUUUCUAUUGAAAGACAGAGGUUUGAAUGAUUACAUCACAGAUUUUAUUGUGAAUGAAUAUAUGUAAAUAAAAUCUUUAUA